AUGGCGUAUGUGGGCUUAAUGUUUGUACUGGUUUCAGCAUGCGUCAACACUCUAACCCUAAUACGCGUUAGCGAAGAGACGAAAUCUGGUUAUCAUCUUCUUGCGACGGCAAGGAGAAACGAGGUGACAUUCCUGCUUCUGAUGUAUCAGCAACUGCCGAAGAAACGAAGUUUGUCUCUCAUCAUCCUGCGACGGCGACUCGAUCACAUUGAUUCGCUCCCCUCCCUCACCACUAUGUUUUAUAGAAACUUGGUAUUUCUCCGUCGCGAUUCAGGGAGUUGCAGAGCGAUUCCGGUGAAACCCAAGGAGAUGGUCGCUGGUCUUGGUGAAGAUAAAAUAGUGAUGAUCAAUCUAAGUCAAGAGUCAAAAAUCCAAUAUAUUUGGAGAAUUUGUUUGAGGUUGUGGUUGAUGAUCUACAGAGCCUGA